AUGCGAACCAGGCACAGACGUAAAUUUAUAUCAUCCAGGUAUAGCGGAAUUCCGCAUAAUUAUGUCUCAAACGUAUCAUACGGUACUGGUAUCAUAGACGAACUCGGUCACCAACACAGAUCCCCCUUCCCUCCAGGGUCCGAGACGGCGAGACCUACUGUACCUAGUGCUCGUACUCGGGACAGCGAUUCCUCACAAUAUCGUACGAGUACGAGUACUCGAGUACAGUUGGAGGAAAAACCCCUGCUGGCCACACAGCGCACCGUUAUUCGUAGCCAUCACAAGAAGAGCAGCACUCGUACCGGUACGAGUACUGUAAGCCCCAUUCUGGUGGGGGGGGGGGAUCCCUGUAGAAUCGCUAUUGUAUGCCGCUUUCGUUCCCACUCGCAUGUUUUGAGUUUCGGGAUCAAAGCGUUGGAUUCUGCGGCCUGGGGCGUUUGGAUGUUACUCGAGUACUGUGUGGUAUUAUGGCUUUCUCGCUUGCGCUGAUCACAUGUACUAGUACGGCAUGGUACUGUAAAUUUAACUGUGCGACACCAUGAUACGGUACUUGUACCACUCCAGCAUAAAGAGGACAGAGUGGGGGAAUUCUAGGAUCUAGGUAGGAUUCCCCGCCCAAAGUCAAAUCCAACUCUCUCUCUCUCGCCAUAUCACCUUGUAUCGUACAUUCCUCGCUUCCACUGCUGUACCUUACGCGAGCUCCCUGAAGGUUAUUACUGAGGCCCCACAAUAUCGUGCGCCGGCCGAUUAAAUGCUCACUUUCUCCUUUCUCCCUUGGAAGGGAUCGAACCACCGGCAUAAGGUUGGAACAAUCCGGGUCGGAAUUCGUAGGAACCCCCCCUCCGGUCCGGAAAGUGGGAGCUGCACCGCACCAUCUUGGUCCUCUGCCUACCGGUCUGUUGGUACUUGGCUGCAGAAAACUGGACAGGGGGAAGCGGGUUGGGGGGGGGGAGGGCUGUAGGACAGAAAAGCAAACAAGUUGUUUGAUCUUCCUGCUCGGCACUUCUGAAAACACCGGUAGAGAUACCCGAGAUCGUUCCGACUCUAAUUGGGCGCUGGGGCGAGCGCCCAUGCCACUCUAACGAGUGAUUUACUAUGAUACAUGUGGGAAUGCGGCGUGGGCAUCUCGAGACGAUUCCAGCCCAAAACCCUCUCAGCCUCUCCGGGCGAAAAGGGUUGUGUUAAAUUGUGUAUGGCAAGCGCAGCGGUGAGACGCAGACUGGCAGGCCAAGGUUCUGGGGAUUCUCUAGGGCUAGUGUAUGCAUUAAGCUUGCAGUUAUGGUACGAUAGUGGGUUACUGCCCACCGCACUGUGGAUGCUUUCAUUGCGAGAAUUGGAUCAUCUGGAUCGGGAGAGUACGCGUGGCGUUCGCCAUCCCUAAUACGAAAACGGGGAAAGCGAGAGACCAAGUGUUAUAGUACCGUACUGUCUACUGUAGGAGAGGCCUGCCAACUCCAUGCUUAGGGGGAUUAAUGCAAUCUUGAUCCUUUCCCCUUCCCUCUGGUUCACUUUUUUCUGAUAUUGGGACAGUCUCUCGGUUUUUGGAGAGAGGGGAAGGGCGCGGACGUGGAUCCUUCAGUGAGAGGCGGGUUUUGGUCGGGUGAUAAUUGUGUGACAGGUCGGAUAGCAACGGGUCCAAUAACUCAAGAGGGGAAGGAGAGGGGAAAGAGGAGGAAAAAAAGACUCGAAUGAUGACUUGAUACUCUAUGGGAACUCUGGUACUGUUGUGGAGCCCGAUUUUGAGCUGGCUUGCGAGUGAUGGCCACCCUAGCCGACGGUGGCAGUGGGGCGGGUGCAAUGCGGGGGUCAUAGAGCUGCCGUACUGUGUCCGGAGAGGGGUAUGGGUAGGGAUUGUGUGAGGUAUUGGUAGUAGGGGGGAAAAUUGUGAGAGACGGAUUUUGCAACUAGCAUUGUAUCGCGCAGUAUGAUAUGUUUCGACUCGACAUGGGAAUGUGGCUGUCUGGUCUAACCCUCCCUCUCUCGAUCUGCCUGGGAUGCGUAGGGUUCGGGACCUCUCCUGCAACAGUAAGAUCUCAUGCCGGGUCUCGCAGCUGUCAACGAGAUGAAGGGGUGGUUGUCCGAUACCUGAUUGUAGGUAUGUAUAGAGCAGGUAUGAUGGGAAGAGUACCGUGGGAGUAAGAGCGCUCGAGCACACCCUGCCGUGCUCGUGCUCAGCAGCGGUAUGAUGGGGUUGUUUAUCGAUAAGAGAGGGGAGCUCGUCCCCUUAAGGGUGUUGCGCAAUAAAACGGUCGGGGGUGUUACCCGUUUCGAUGGUCGCGUGGCUGGACGUCU